AUGGGCCAAUACGACAGAAAAGCCCAAUCGCAACGAAAACACGGCCCCAUCCUCAGCAGCGGCACCUCCAAAGCUCCCUCCCGUCCUCCACCAAUCGCAAAACCCGAAUGGCGAGGAAGUGGCUACACCAAAAAAGCGAAGCCGAAACCUCAUUUGGAUGCUCCCAAAUCCCAGCCUUUGGCUCAAGAUCAAUUUUUGCCUGUGGAAUUGCAACAAUUGAUGUUGAACAUUUUCAAAGAUGCGUUUGGGGAAAAAUUGAUGGAUUUUGAGGAGAUGAAGGGGUUGUUGAGGGAAGUUAAUGAGGCUGUUUUGGAAGGGGAGUGGGAGACGGCGUUGGGGACAGAGGAGAAGAGGGAGGCGUAUGCGGUGAGGUGGAGUCCCAGCCGAGCGCUGGCAUAUGCGAAUGUGUUGGCUGAGUUAUGCGAGGAGAGGUCUGAAGACGACUGGGUUUCUCGCAUAUCCAACAGCUCAUCAAGCAACACGACAAAAGCCAUCUGUUUUGGUGGAGAUGCUGCAGAGGUCAUGGCAUUCGCGGCAUUGCUUCGACAUUUACAACCUACGGCUUCUGGCAAACAGCAGCAAGAACUCGAUGCUUUGACUCCUGAUUCUGUUCCGGAAAACACCACUUCGUUACUGGAUCUUACACUCGUCGACUCUGCAGACUGGUCUUUUGUACUCGACAAACUAGUCAGGGCAACAACAACCCCACCACCACUUUCAAAAUAUGCAUCCGCAUCUGCCAGAGCAGCAAACACAGCUCUCCUCGCACCAUCAACCCUCUCCCUAAACUUUGCCCACCACGACAUCUUCAGUCUCAAAACGCCCCAAGUCAAAGAAAUGAUUGGAGAACAACCAAUCUUAUGCACUUUCUUCCUAACCCUGGCAAACCUCUACAACACCUCCAUCCCCAAAACCACAGCUUUCCUCUACAAACUGGAUUCCUUGUUGCCCAGCGGCAGUGUGGUGCUUGUCAUCGACACCAUCGACGCAAGCACAUCCACUCCAAUCCCUGAUUCCGAGGAAGUGACCGAUUACAGUGUUGCUUGGCUACUAUCUCGCGUACUACUCGGCAAACCCCAAGAACCGAUCAACACACAAGGAAAAGGCAAANAAGCAAUCGAGGAAGAAGCAGCAAAGAUUCCUGAACAGAGAUGGGAGAAAAUUGUCAAUGAAGAGAUGAAAAUCAAUAGAUUGGAUGAAAAGUUGAGAUACCCAGGAAGUCUCGAGAAUGUAAAAUAUCAGGUUUUGGGGUACAGGAGGCGGUAG